GUCCCCGGGCCAAGAUGGCGGCGCGGUGUUGCACACGCUGUUUGCUGCUGGUAGUGGGGACCCCCCGGCUGCCGGCUGCGGCGGGGAGAGGGGCCCGAGCGCCCGGGGGCGGCGUGGUGGUGGCGUCUCUGGGCCGCCGGCUGAGCGUCACCGCCUUCGCGCCUUCCCUGAGACCUCGCGGGCCUGGGGCGCUCCUGACAUUGAGACCCGGUGUCAGCCUCGCAGGAGUGAAAAGUUACCCUUUUGUUUGUACUGCCUCCUUCCACACCAGUACCCCAUUGGACAAAGAAGAUUAUUACCAGAUUUUAGGAGUGCCCCGAAAUGCCAGCCAGAAGGACAUCAAGAAAGCCUAUUACCAGCUCGCCAAGAAAUAUCACCCAGACACAAACAAGGAUGACCCCAAAGCCAAAGAGAAGUUUUCCCAGCUGGCCGAGGCUUAUGAGGUGCUGAGUGACGAAGUGAAGAGGAAGCAGUACGAUGCAUAUGGCUCCGCUGGCUUUGACCCUGGUGCCAGCGGCUCAGGGCAGAACUACUGGAGAGGGGGUCCCAGUGUGGACCCCGAGGAGCUCUUUAGGAAGAUUUUCGGAGAGUUCUCUUCAUCUCCUUUUGGAGAUUUCCAGAGUGUGUUCAGUCAGCCUCAGGAGUACAUCAUGGAGCUGACCUUCAAUCAAGCAGCCAAGGGCGUCAAUAAGGAGUUCACGGUAAACAUCACUGACACCUGUGAGCGCUGUGAUGGCAAAGGCAAUGAGCCGGGCACCAAGCUGCAGCACUGCCACUACUGUUCUGGCUCAGGCAUGGAGACUAUCAACACGGGUCCCUUUGUGAUGCGCUCCACAUGUCGACGCUGUGGUGGUCGUGGCUCCAUUGUCACUACCCCCUGUGUGGUGUGCAGAGGCUCUGGGCAGGCGAAGCAGAAGAAGAAAGUGGUGAUCCCUGUGCCUGCUGGAGUGGAAGACGGCCAGACGGUGAGGAUGCCCGUGGGAAAGAGAGAGAUUUUCAUCACGUUCAGGGUGCAGAAAAGCCCUGUGUUCCGGAGGGACGGCGCCGACAUCCACUCGGACCUCUUUAUUUCUAUCGCCCAGGCUAUUCUCGGGGGCACAGCUCGAGCACAGGGCCUCUAUGAGACCAUCAACGUGACGAUCCCCCCAGGCACGCAGUCCGACCAGAAGAUUCGGAUGGGUGGGAAAGGCAUCCCACGGAUCAACAGCUACGGAUACGGGGAUCACUACAUACACAUCAAGAUCCGUGUUCCCAAGAGACUGACCAGCCGGCAGCAGAGCCUGAUCCUGAGCUACGCUGAGGAAGAGACAGAUGUGGAGGGCACCGUAAAUGGUGUCACCACCACCAGCACUGGUGGCAGCGCCGUGGAUGGCUCUGCAGGAGGCAAGGCUAGGCCCAAGGCUGGGGAGGACGCAGAGGGCUUUCUGUCCAGACUUAAGAGAAUAUUUACUUCCCGAUAGCCCGGCCAGGAAAACGGUCCACUGGGAACUAGGCCCAGAGCUGUGGCCUCUCCUGCACCAGGUUCUGGAGAUGGAGGAUUUCAGAAGAGCUGCGCAGAGCCCACCAGACACCCUCCUCCUGCCCAUAGCAGUCAUGUGACAGCACAUACAUCUCCCCUCAGCUCAUGUGGACAGACCCUGGGUAGCCCUGUUAUUGCCCCCAGGGCUGGUCAGUGUCUCCCUGCCACGGUAGGUAGCUCAGACUCUUCUUGCUCCCAAGGAAACCCAGACAAUGGACCUACAAAUCUGGGGCAUGAGCUGAGAUGAAUUUGAAAUUGGAUGUGGAGAGUUGGUAGCUAAAAAACUGAAGUCCACCCUUCCAGCUUAACCUGGAAGCAGAAGCUUCAUAAAGGGACUGACUUUUCCCUUCAGCAGGCAUCCAUCUGACAGGUUGACUGCCAGGAACCUGGGGCCUACACAGCUGCCAGCAGGCACCAUCCACCUCUUGGCAGGCACCUCUCUUGCUAUUCUUGGAUUUUAAAUCCCAAAAGUCUGAGCAGCUGAAAUAUGGGCUUCUGGCUGCCUGUCCCCCAUGUGCUCAUAACCAGGAGGGCCAUGAGCUCUGCACAGGCAGUCCGUCCUGCUAGCACCUCUCAGGGUGGCCCCUCAAGGUUCCAAGGGUGAGUGGGCACUGCUCCCGCCCCCAGGGCCCCUGCCCAGCUCAGCCCUCAUGCUCACACUGUGACAUUAUUCUCAGAAGUGUUUGAACGGUCCCAUGGAAGAACCACACAUUGUUCCCAUCCUGGCUGUAGGAAGCUGCCACUCCGUGAUUGCAGGGCAUCCAGUGGCUUCUGACUGUGCACAGACAGAAAGGAGGGAGAGGAGGUCUCUUUGCCCUCAGUACAAUAAAGUAUCUCUUAGCGUCUGAUUUAAGUAUGCAAAAUGAUUCUGUAUUAAUGUAAAUAAGAUUAUCUACUACAAAAAGAUAAUUUAAAACCAAAA